GCGGCAUUGGGCUGCUGCUCGCAAACCCUGGCAGUCUCUCUCAGCUCUGAGAGGGACUGGGAGCUGCAGCAGCGGAGUAAGAUGCUCUGUGGGGCGCCCUGAGCUGGGGUGCCUGAAGCAGCUUCGUUAGCCAGGGCAAUAGGGCAGCUUUCACCAUGCAUCAGUCCCUGACUCAGCAGCGGUCCAGCGACGUGUCCCUGCCUGAUUCUAUGGGAGCCUUCAAUCGGAGGAAGAGAAACUCCAUCUAUGUCACCGUGACUUUGCUUAUUGUGUCCGUGUUAAUUCUCACGGUGGGACUUGCUGCAACCACCAGGACCCAGAAUGUGACUGUUGGAGGUUAUUACCCGGGAGUUAUCCUCGGCUUUGGAUCAUUCCUUGGAAUCAUUGGAUCCAACCUUGUUGAAAAUAAGCGGCAGAUGUUGGUGGCUUCUAUUGUCUUUAUCAGUUUUGGUGUGAUUGCAGCCUUUUGCUGUGCCAUAGUCGACGGGGUCUUUGCUGCCAGACACAUUGAUCUGAAACCACUCUACGCUAACCGGUGCCACUAUGUCCCCAAGACGUCCCAGAAGGAAGCUGAGGAGGUCAUAAGUUCCUCAACCAAAAAUGCUCCUUCCACGAGGGUUAUGAGGAACCUUACCCAGGCAGCUAGAGAGGUGAACUGCCCUCACCUCAGUCAUGAAGUCUGCACACCUCACAUCCGCAUCCGGGGUAACACCUGCUUCUGCUGUGACCUCUACAACUGUGGCAAGCGGGUUGAAAUCACCAGUGGGUACUAUGAAUACAUCGAUGUCAGCAGUUGCCAGGACAUCAUCCACCUCUACCACCUGCUCUGGUCUGCUACUAUCCUGAACAUUGUCGGCCUGUUCCUGGGCAUCAUCACUGCCGCUGUCCUUGGAGGCUUUAAGGACAUGAACCCAACUCUCCCAGCACUCAACUGUUCUGUUGAGAAUGCUCAUCCGACUGUUUCUUAUUAUGCUCGUCCUCAAGUGGCAUCCUACAAUACCUACUACCAUAGCCCUCCUCACCUGCCACCAUAUUCUGCUUAUGACUUUCAGCAUUCUGGUGUCUUUCCAUCCUCCCCUCCCUCUGGAGUUUCUGAUGAGCCCCAGUCUGCCUCUCCUUCGCCUAGCUACAUGUGGUCCUCCAGUGCACCACCCCGUUACUCUCCACCCUACUACCCGCCUUUUGAAAAGCCACCACCUUACAGCCCCUAAAGAGGAAUGCCUGCUGGCUAUUGGGAUUAUUGUGGCUUUUGUAUUUCUGCUUUAAUUGAAGUAUAGAGGGUACACAAUUUAAAGUGUGAUUCUUACGCAUAGUUUCAAGUUUUACAACGGCCUGCCAGGCUAGGGAAAGAUAGGAAAGAAGCUUAUUUGUUAUCAGUGCUGAGCAGGGGUGGCUAGUCUGAACCCAGGACUUCCAUGAAGAGCAGUACACAUGCUCUAAGCAAGACUGGGGAGCCAGCCCAACAAGAAGCUUGUCAUGUUUGGACCUGCAUUACCCUAUGGCUCUCCCUCUGUAUUCAGCAGAAGCGUGGUUGCCAUCUGUUUCAUUUUGUUUAAAUGGAGUGUUGUCCUCAGGCCCUUGGCAGACUGCCACCCUAGUACCUCAGCUGAAGUACCUGGCUUAUAGGCCCUAUCUUUCCCUACCACUAAUGUCAGUUCCUAAGGGAAAUUUCCCACACAAUGGGGCUACACAGUUCCAUUGCAGAGUUCUGACUAGGAUUUUGUUUGCUUGUGUCUGGAUAUUGAAAAAAUCUGCCCACAUCGCUUUCCUCUCUAUGAGUAUUGUGAAAAUGGCUGCCGUGAUUAUUCAGCUCAGCUUCUGUUAUUGGUACCUCCCAAAGGGAAAAGUGCAAUAUUCACCCGACUAGUGAGUAAUAGGGUUGAUUGUUCUGGAAGCACUGAAAUACAUAGAGAGCAACAUGUGAAAGGUUUUAAAGAGAUAUGUUAUACAUCUGAUAACUUAGGAGACAGUGGUUCUACUACAUGUUUCAGUAUUACAAAAUGUAUUUGCUACAGAUAUAAAUCUUAUGGUUAAAAUUCAGUUAAAAUACUAGAUUAGGUUCUUAGGUCAUGACAUGAAUUGUUACUAAUCUUUGUGACUACUUAAUCUUCAAAUAUUAUGCUUCAACCCCAGCAAACUGCACGUAUCCUGCACCCUACCCCAAAAGAAUCAUUUGUGUUUUAAUGCCACUGCUCUUACUGGUCCCUUUUUCUGUUGAGACAAAUCAUGACAGUGUUCAAGAUUAUGAAAGUGUUAUAAUGCUGCUUUAAAUCUGUAAAAUCUCAAAUGUAGCCAAUUUGACAAAUUCCUGUGUUACUGCAGAUUAAAAAUCCAUCUGGCAUAUUGUGGUAGGUAUUUGUACAGUUCUUUUCAUUAGACAUAGCUUUAAACCAUCAACCUGAUGAAUUUAACACUUUGGCACUCAUGCCUUCACUUCAAAAUAAACACUUUCAUUGCAAUCUUUUGUUAACCCAAAGAUUGAUUUAAAGAAUGAUUGAUAAUCCUACACUUGUAUCAUGUAAAAACACAGGGGCUAUAGGAGAGUACCUAAUUAGACAGUUCUGCAAACAGAAUACACACAGGAAAAUUUUCCAGCCAAUUGAGCUAACUCCCGACUUGAUGGAUUAGAGGUAGCAGGCAAUCUACCUUGCAGACACCCAGUCAUCAAGAACUAUCAAGGCACAAGUACAUUUACAAGACAUUCAGUUUAACUUUCAGCACCAUGAAUGUUGUCUCAUCCAGAUUUCAAAUCUGAAAAACUAUAAUUGUUUUUGUGUUAUAUAAAAUUACUAUUUUCUAUAGUUCUGAGCAUAUUAAAAUUCUGUUGGAUUUCAAAAGGGGACUAACAACCAAUUGACUUACACUUCAAAUAUCAACUUAUAACACUCAAUGAAAUUUUUUGCUGUUUACACUUUACCUUUUGCUUUAGUGAAUGUAUAUGAGUAUUUAAUUUUUUAAAAGCACCAUUACACAGUAUAUCCUACAUUUAUCACAUUUCUUAGUGUUAAGAUUCUAUAGCUCAUUUCUAUAUAUUUUUCUUACUUUACAAAAUAACUUGAAACAGUACAGAUUUUGUAACACUUAAUUUGAGCAGCUUUUUUUAUUACAUUGAAUUAUAUGAAGUGCACAUUACCUUAGAAAAAAUUAAUAUAUGCAGCUUUACUCUUUUGCAGAACAUUUGCUGUAAGGAAUUUGUAUUUCCAAUAUGUACCUUGACUGUAUUUUGUAAUAUUUACUGCUUUAUUCCUAAUUCUGCUUUAAAGUAUUGAACUGGGCAUGAAAUGUUAAAAUAUUAACCCAGAAUCUAUAAGCUGGAUGUUGCUUAAAAUCUUUAUCACUGCCAUGUUGGAAAUUCAGACUGUUUUUGUGAUGUUUCAAAUUAAUAAAACGAUCCUCCUUGUCCACUUA